AUGGCAGUGGAACUAACGAUCGCGGGUGCAUCUGGAUUGAAGGCAUUGGCGGCAGCCAAAGCAGCGGCUGCUGCGGCUAAGCAGGCAGCAGCCAAUGCAGUAGCCAUGGCUCAGAACACUAAUCUAGCUAGUGCUGAGGCGAUGCAAGCACAAGCCAAUCUGGAAAAGUACGUAUUCGGGUCUCCUGUAUCCACUGUUCCGCCAGUAGUAACACCGAUGCCACCUGCUACAAUUGCUAAAUACCCGAGUUAUCCUUAUCUCAACUAUCCUCUCUCGUGGACCGAUAA